AUGAAAGGUCUAGGGAAGGUAUCACAAGUUUCAUUCAAUUUUCCAACGCUUUUCUGUCUUGUGAACCUUGCCGCAAUGUGGCCACCAGAUGAGAUACCAUAUAAUGGCGAGAGUGCGACUCCCUACGAAGACGACUCUCCCGGAAGCAACGAUGAUGUUCUGAAUGGUUCGGAAGAGCCAACACCAUUGGCAGUGACCGAGUCAGAGACGGCAAGUCGCAGUCUGGAGCCACAGACGAUGGACCAGCAGUCUUCCUCAACGGGUACCACAGUUCCAAUUGAACGCCUACCGAUUCAACGAAGGUUCAACUAUGUUCCUGUGAAUACGGUGAAUUUUGCGCUCCCGGAAGGCUACUCGACUUCUCGUGAAGACAUAAAAUUCCUCGGUUCUGGUGCGUAUGGGAACGUGAUGUAA